AUGACAGCGAGCGUUGGUGGCUGGGUCUCACCUCCGGAGCUUGUCGAGGGUGAAGGAACGGGCUCCUCAAAGUCAUCAUCGCUACCAUCUAGUUUCCAACUCGACGAUGGGAGCAUUUGCAAUGACCUGGGCCACUUUGAGGAGAUUGGGUUGAGCGAUGACCACGAUGACCAUCACACUGUCCAGAUUUCGUCGAUGCCGAUGGCCAUGUCGGUGCCGAAGCCGCCGAGGAGUGUGGGGGGGCCAAACGGGAGGCAGUCCGCACUUAUGGGGAGGAAUGGCACCACCACGGCCCUGGGGAAACUGAGGGACCUAACGCAGCUGAAGAGGCCUCCUCUCUCUUCGUCACAGGUGGGCACGCAUCCCUCGUCUCAGGAGCAAAACCAUCUCGGUCCCCCCUCGCGAAGACCGGCUCCGACCAAUGGGAUGAACGGCAGCCAGAGUAGCAAGAACCCGCCGCCAAGAUCACUCUCGCCUGACCCACUGUCUGCACCCCUCUCCCCGAACAUCGUGCCGGUUUCGAAUGGGUCGCAUGGGAGACAGACUUCUCCGAUGACGAGGCCGAGCAGGUUAUCCUGGCAGCAGGCUUCUAACAGGAAGACGGUGGAGGAGUUGGAGAACGAAUGUGAUUCUGACGAUGACGUUCCACCGGACACCAUCUUUUAUAAUGUUCCUCUUUCCCCACGGUCGGCGAGGGCGUUGUCGGCUGCACCUUCGCCGGAAAGGACGUCGCCCAGGGAACCGCUGCCAGUCAAUGGGGAACCUACACCGCCACCGACAAGGGGAGCUGCGAUGGUAUCCAUACCGGGUGAAUUGGGUAAUGAGGCGAGGGGCAGGGCCCAGUUCCGGUCUAAAGGUUGGAGCGACGCGAUGUCGGAGUUGGGGGAUGAGGCAAAGGAGUUAAGUGAGGCGCUGGAGAGACAUGUGGGCGAGGAGAUUGAGCAGACCACGAGGAGACUACAGAAAUCUAUUGAGAAGAGCAAGAGCAGUGUCUCAAUUAUUUCUGGUCCUGUACCGCCUACGCCCCUGCCUAUCAGGAAAAGUUUUUCCACCACUACAGUUAUCCCGCUCCCGCCUCUUCAAAUGACUAACGGGAUGAUCGACCCGCUGCCGAUUAGUAAGGAGAAGGAAGCUGUGCUAUCCAGAACUAGGCCUUCGUGGUUACCGCCCAAGUCAAAGGAGGAGGAGAAGAGGCACCUGAAAGAGUACAAAAGGAUGAUGCGCUUGUCGCAGGAAGCGGGUAGGCUACUUUAUUUACGGGGCUUGGAGUGUACAAUCUGACUGUAGUACAGAUCGGAAACGAGCCGAAAAGGAGCGGCAAGAGCAAGAGCACAAGGAUCGGAUCAAGAAUGAUACCGACAGGGUCUGGGACCAACAAAUCAUACCAAACUGGAGUGCCGCGACUCGCAAGAACGAAACCCGAGAGCUCUGGUGGCAGGGUGUCGCUCCCCGGUGUCGGGGGAAGGUUUGGCAGUUGUCGUUUGGCAAUAAUCUUACAGUAGGGCCGGAAACAUUCCGGUUGGCGCUGAAGCGGGCGCGGGAUGUGGAGGAUGGGUUAGAGAAGAGUCCGGCAAUGUACUCGUUCAAGGAAAGGGAGGUGUUCAGCGCCAUUAGAAGGGAUGUUGAUAAGACCUUUACGGAGCUCAAGAUUUUCCAGGUAAGUUUUGUGGGGGUUUCUCCCCCGGGGUUCCCUUUGGAAAUUGUUGGGUGGUGGUUGACAGUUCAGUUUCAGGAGAAGGGUCCGCUGCACCAGAGUCUGCUGGAGGUACUGAUGGCUUAUUCCAUGUAUCGAAGCGAUGUUGGAUAUGUUUUCGGCACACAUGUGAGUUGUCCAUUCUCCUGUUUUCAACUGCCGGGUGGCUGAUUGUGCAUUAGGCUGUCGCUGGACUACUGCUUCUAAACCUCUCUCCGGAGCAGAGUUUCACCACGCUCGUUAACCUUCUAAAUCGCCCCCUACCAUUAGCUUUCUACACACAAGACGAGGGCGCGGUAAUUUACCCCCCCAGGUCCACACAUUCUUUCAUUACUGAUUCAAGCCAGAUGUCCCGAGUGUACAACCUCUUCCUCAAAGCCUUCAGAUACAAACUCCCUUCGUUAUACCAACAUAUCCACGUAAUCCUCAACCUUCCGCCGUCGAUGUAUCUUGAAGCUAUGUUUUUAACACUCUUCACCCUGCACUGUCCCAUCGAUGUUGCAUCCCGCAUCUGGGACAUUUACUCGUUCGAGGGUGACGCAUUUCUAGUCCGCACUGCGAUAGCGGUGAUGACCGUCUUGGAAUCUAGGCUCUAUGGCGAUGCAGAGGAAGUGGUCAGCCUCCUCGGAUGGAACGUGAAGCGCAGAUGGGAACUCGGGAAGGAAGAUGAGUUUAUCGCGAUAGUUAGGUCUGCCGGUAAGGAGGAGGAUAGGUCAAAGGGGUCGAGUUUAGAGCCUUCGGAGGACUAGUGGUUUUGGUGUUGCUGGCAACCUGCCCUUUGCUUUUCCUUUUUCUUUUUCGGGGUGUAUAUUGUGACUUGCCCGUACACUCUUUCCCUUCUCUUAAUACCUUCCUCCCGAUCUAUUUAUUCGAGCUUUUUCAUUUUUUUCCCCCUUUACUAUUACUUUUGCAUUUGUCUUUGGUUUGGGGUGAUUGGCGUUUCUUCUUUUCUUUUUUAGAGGGGGGAGAGUUGGUGCGGGGGAUGGGGGGCUGUCGUUUUUUUCUCUUUGCCCUUUUUAAUUUAGGAAGUAUUUAUUGCUUGGAAUACUGGAGCACCUCGGGGAAUAUAGAUUGGCAGGGAGAUGAAGGGAUUGAACUUUUGUAGAGAAAUUAAAUGGUGGAAUGAAUUGCUUUCUUUGUAGAUUGUGUUGUGUUGUGUUGUGGGGGGUUUGGUGGUGGCGGGUGGAAGUGCAAGGGGGUCAAGACACUGAAGAGCGAGUGAGAAGCUGUGAAUGAAACAUGGAGGGGAGGGGCAAUGAUAGAAUAGAAUAGAAUAGAAUGGGAUAGAAUUGAUUUUAUUUAGCGCCCUUACUCGUUUGUAGGGAGGGGGUCAUGAGGGAGAGGACAGGAGUGACAAUUCGCGGGUGACGGUCCAAGUCCCGUUACGUAGCACGAUAAAUCUGCGCUAUUAUGCUUGUAUCCCAACCGUAUGGCUUGCUAUAUAUUUGACACUUUGUAUCGCUCCUUCAUCCCGCCCUAGUGCCUAGUAGUAGCACCAAAAUCUAGCCCCCAGACCUCACAGGGCGCACCAGGAUGCAUCCCGGGAUAGGUGGAUGGCACCGCAAUGCCAUAUCACCCCCUAGAUGGGGGCGCAGACACCGAUAAGUCGCUGAAACGCUACAGUAUCAUACCCGAUAUGGCAAGUGCCCUCCCCCGCGAUAUCCUUGGAAACCUUAAUAGGCUGAGCAUUGCUCCGCAUAGAGCCCGCUUUUCUUCUUCUUUUCUUCUUUGGUUUCCCUCUCGUCCGGCGAUUUCCAGUGAUGAGUGCUUGUAUUGCGUGUUUAUAGUCUGACAACAAUUCUUAUCAUACUUACUGUACAGUACUUCCCCGUCCUUCUCUGCAUUACAGUACCGUAUGGUAUUAUUAUUUUUUUUCCAUUGCGUUUCUUCCGCCAUGUCCUGCUGGGGUGCGUUUUGGGUCGGAUGGAUGGAAAUUAGCUAGCUGCAUUAUUAUACCGGUGGAGAUUCGAAUUGUAGAGAUGGUGUUUGUUGUUGGAAGGAGGAGGAGGAGGAGGAGGAAGAGGAGGUGUGUGGUCUGUAGUACGAAAGCUUUGUAUUGUACUGUAUUGGUAUAGUAUGACAUGGCCUGGUGUGUGAGGGUAAGAUCUCCACAUAACACUAUGAUACUCGGAUUAUUUGAGCAGUGUCUUGCAGUGGUCUUGACAUUUACUCUCCUUUCUUUUUUGCGUUAUUAUUUGGUCUCGCGGGAUGGAUGGGAUGGAUGCUCACGGAUAGAUGUGCCGCGUAGCACUGUAUAGUACUCGCACUCUACCCCCGAGGAAAAUUUGUAUUCAACGUUGUGAGCACCACUCUGUAUAAUAAUAAAGUACAAGUUAACACUCUG